CCAAGAAAGACAAGCCUCGCUCACAAACCCAGCCAGAACCGGCCGCCACUUUCCCCUCUUCCCCACGCCGCAAGCCGCAGGCCUUUGCCGCGCGACCACCACAAGAACCCGCCGCGCCGUCGCAGACCGCCACCGCCUCACACAGCCUCUGUUCAUCUUGGUAGCUGCUGCUCGAUCGGCCGUGGCAGCAGGAGUCGCGAGCUGGAUCUGAGCCAGGAAGGGAUCGAGAAGAAGAGAGAGGGGCGCUGGCGAUGCUGCAGCUGCUGAUGGCGAUGGCCUUCUCGGCGGCGCCGCUCACGCUCUACGUGCCGCCGGUGCGGAGCCUCAGCCUCUUCGUCGAGACCAUGGAGACGCUCUGCCGGGAGUGCGCGCCAUACUCCCACGGCGCCGUCGCCCGCCUCCGCCUCGGCCUCUCCCGCAUCUUCGCCGGCCUCGCCCGCGCCCUGCGCUAAGCAUGUGCGGCCACACAGAUCCUUCUUCAGUUUCUCAUAUAGGUACAUGUGUGCUUCAGGCACAGUGCCUUUGCGCGUCGGCUGUGCUCGUCCUGGAUCUUUUGCAUAGAGUACUUUCCUUUGCCUGCAUACGUAGUUAGUUUUCUUCUCAUCUUUGGGGGGAACUUGGAGAAAGUCGGGUAAUAAGCUGACCAAAUGGGUAGUUUUUGUGAGAGGUCGUGAGAAAUCUAGUUUGCGGAUCAGAUGUAGUCCAAGAGAAUUUGCUGCUCCGUGUACAGACAGAAUCAUGUACAGUAAUAGUUGGGGAAGAAGUUUGUGUUCUUGAGAUGUUCUUCAGUUCAGAACUUGAGGUUGGUAGACUUCUUCAUUUGUGAGAAAGUAAUGGAAGACUUCUGACCCCUUCAUUUGGUCAGUUUUUUCCAUCUCUUUACAGUACUAGUUGGGGAAGUUUGUGUUCUUGAGAUGUUCUUCAGUUCAGAACUUGGGGUGAAAAUGUAAUGGGAGACUUCUUCAUUUGUGACAAAGUAAGGGAAGACUUCUGACCCCUUCAUUUGGUCAGUUUUUCCAUUUCUUGUAUGUGCAAAUCUUCUGUAUGUGCCGAUUGUAAUGGAAACUUGGUAAUGCCAACAACUCCUGCGAUUUUAUUUUC